CGACAAUGUGGUUCAUCAAGCUUCUCUUAGCUACAUGCUUCAUGACCCUAUGCCUAGCUCAAAAUUCCCCUCGAGACUUUGUGAGCGCUCAUAACACGAUCCGUGCCACCGUCGGGGUCGGUCCGCUAGUUUGGAACCACACCUUGGCUUCCUACGCUCAGAAUUAUGCCGACGAGAGGAUAGGAGACUGCAAGUUGGAGCAUUCCUAUGGACCCUACGGUGAAAACCUUGCUGAAGGCUAUGGCAACCUGGACGGCGUCAACGCCGUGAAAAUGUGGGCUAGCGAGAAGCCUGAUUACGACCACGGUUCCAACCGGUGCAAGAGUGGCGGCGACGACUGCCUGCACUAUACUCAAGUUGUUUGGAGCCAGUCGGUUCACCUCGGGUGCGCGAGAUCCGAGUGUGCCAACGGAUGGAUUUUCGUUAUUUGCAGCUAUGAUCCUGUUGGAAACGUUGAGGGUGAACGUCCUUAUUAAGUACCUUUAUAAAAAAAAAUAGGCAUUCAUAAAUAUAAUUUUUCGAAUCACCUAUCUCAUGGGAUUCAAUAUAAUUUUAUGCUUGUAACACGCACGAGGGGGAGAAAACAGACAAAAUUGGGAGAGAUCAGCAAUUCACGGGGUCUCUUAGCGGUCUCAAUAUGCAUGAUAAAAAAGUAUGUAUGAUUGAUGCGGUUAUUGAAUAUAUAACGACAUAAAUAUGAAGGAUGGUUGGUAAAGGAGACAUGAAACCUAGUUAUCUGUUUUUCUUUGU